AUGUCCGCAACCACUACGAACUUGGACUCUUUGCCCUUUGAUAUUUUUUACCAAAUCGCUAAAUCGCUGGACGACCGCGAUUAUAUUAACUUAAGUCGAACCAACCGUGCUCUUCGUGACUUAACGAACAGUGAUCUGGUCGCCAGAAAGACUGUUGAGAACGCUCUCCUCUACAGUAUAGAGGGGCAAAAGGCCUUGGCAAAUCGGGCUGGCUACACUUAUCGCAAGGCUGUUGGGCAUCGGUUUGACAUUCAUGAGGCGGUCGCAACUGCAACUCCUUAUUCUGUUUCAGUCCUAGCCUAUGGGGCUGAUUUUCUAUACAAUCAAGGAUUUUUAUGUUACCGAGCAGGCCACGAUAUUCGUUUGCUUAAUGUCCAUGCUGGAGGCAAACAAGAACGUGUCCUAAACUUACUCGACCUUCUUCGUCGCUUACAUUCAGGCCCCGAUGCAGUCGAUCGGGUAUCUUUGUUGCAAUAUGCAGAUGGAAUCCUUGUGUUCCGAGUUAAGGAAUUCAAUGAACAGGAUGACAUGCUACUGGCGAUUGACAUGUCUGUGCGUCCAACUAACUUAAAAAAGGGACGCCUGGUUCUUCAGAGGACUGUCCCUGCGUCAGCACCAAUGUUUGUCCGGCACUCCCGCUCCUAUCUUUGGUAUGGUGUAUUUACGGCCAUGGGCGGCUCAGACGGAGUCUGGGCUAUUCAUGGAGCGGAUAUAACCUCCCCUGACACAAGGGAUACUAGAUUCACUCUUGACCGAAUAGUAGAUGGAGAUCUUGGUCAGUCGCUUUGCUUCGAGAUGUAUAAUGAGCAUCUUUAUGCAGUCUCUACCCAAGCUACCACCGGACAGGCCGAAGUAUACUCUUCAUUCUAUCGCUGGUCCUGCUAUGCGCCUCGUCGGGAUGGCCGCCAACAGGAUGGAACUAUAUGGCGUCGCGAGCAUUGCGAAGGUCCUAUUAAUGAAAUGUGGACUGAUUUAUCCAUACGAAUUGAUGAGGUGACUGGGAAUCCCGUUAUCUUAGAGUGUCGCCGAGAAUGGCCUGCGGGGAAGAGUGAAAAUCAUCGAACCUAUUAUACCCAGCCCCUCCCAAUGCCAGAAGAAGUUUUUGGCAUGGAUGACGAAGGUAGCAGUGACUCGGACUGUCUACCUUUCGCACAAGAGGAUGAUCUGGAUGAAGCCUUAACAAAUACUCAUCGUCCCGCCAAUUCACACCGACCAGCAAAGCGGCUACGUCGUGACUAUCAUGCCGAAUAUGAGCCCUCUCACGACCAUACCCUGCGACAAGAGUUUAUCGCAGCACGAACGAAACACCGCACCUACAACCUCGCCGCAUCAACAUUUAUUGACCUUGUUAAUGAUCCAGUGGCCGGCGGCGUCCGAUCGCAAGACCGACUCCGACUUCGUACUGUCUCCCGAAAGCGCAAAAGCCCUAUUGACGAAGAAGGGGAUGACGGUCACCAAGGUCUAAUUUUGGGUCCUACUCAAUAUAAUGACGAUGGAAUACCUCUUGAAGGCUCAGAAGAGCGCUUUAUGUCUCGUGGUGUCCACAUGUGGCCACCCGAAGACUCUCCCACCGAACUCCAUCGAAUCCUUUGUCCAGAUUCACGCAUUAACAGUGUGCGCGUGAUCUCAGAUGAACGCUCAAUUCUCUAUUCUAUACAAUGCUCUGGUCUACCAGUUGAUCACAAGGCAAUAAUCCUUAUCAGUUUCGACCCAAAAAUCCACUUCAAGACUUUACUCCCUUUGCGCACUACGAAGGCACCUUCUAUUCCUGAGAAGAUCUUCCCCGUUGAGGCUCCACAGCCGGAGCACUUGAAUGGGUCGCUGCUCAGGGAGGCUAAGCCUCUUUAUGAGGCUAUCAAUUGGGGCUAUUGGCUGCGAUGA